AGGUAUAGCAACGUCCCCCACAUCUAAACAGGUACCUCGCUGAAUGGAUGGUGCACGGUUACCCAUCAGAAAACAUCUGGGAACUGGACUUGAAGCGUUUCGGAGCCCUCCAGAGCAGCCGCACCUUUCUGCGUCACCGGGUCAUGGAAGUCAUGCCUCUGCUGUACGAUCUGAAGGUUCCCCGUUGGGACUUCCAGACCGGGAGGCAGUUACGCACUUCCCCUCUCUAUGACCGGCUGGAUGCACAAGGAGCCAGGUGGAUGGAGAAACAUGGAUUUGAGAGGCCCAAGUACUUUGUGCCACCGGACAAGGACCUCCUGGCGUUGGAGCAGAGCAAGACGUUCUAUAAGCCAGACUGGUUUGAAAUUGUGGAGUCCGAGGUCAAGUGCUGUAAGGAAGCUGUGUGCGUCAUUGACAUGUCUUCUUUCACAAAGUUUGAAAUAACAUCCACCGGGGACCAGGCCCUGGAAGUCCUUCAGUACCUCUUCUCCAACGACUUGGACGUGCCUGUGGGCCACAUCGUGCACACCGGCAUGCUCAACCAGGGCGGGGGCUAUGAGAACGACUGCAGUAUCGCACGCCUGAGCAAGCGCAGUUUCUUCAUGAUUUCCCCCACCGACCAGCAGGUCCACUGUUGGGCCUGGCUUAAGAAACACAUGCCGGAAGACAGCAACCUGCUUCUGGAGGACGUCACCUGGAAAUACACCGCCCUCAAUCUGAUCGGUCCUCGAGCUGUGGAUGUGCUGUCUGAGCUGUCCUAUGCCCCUAUGACUCCAGACCACUUCCCAAGUCUGUUUUGCAAGGAGAUGAGCGUGGGCUACGCGAACGGGAUCCGGGUGAUGAGCAUGACGCACACGGGAGAGCCGGGAUUCAUGCUUUAUAUCCCCAUAGAGUAUGCCCUGCACGUGUACAACGAGGUGAUGAGUGUUGGGCAGAAAUACGGAAUCCGGAAUGCUGGGUACUAUGCACUUCGUAGUCUUCGAAUUGAGAAGUUUUUUGCCUUCUGGGGUCAGGAUUUAAAUACCCUCACCACCCCCCUGGAAUGCGGACGAGAAUCUCGGGUGAAACUGGAGAAGGGGAUGGACUUCAUUGGCCGAGAUGCUCUGUUGCAGCAAAAGCAGAACGGGGUGUACAAACGCCUCACCAUGUUCAUCCUGGACGACCACGACACCGACCUGGACCUCUGGCCAUGGUGGGGGGAGCCCAUUUACCGCAACGGGCAGUACGCGGGCAAGACCACCAGCAGCGCCUACAGCUACACCCUGGAGCGCCACGUCUGCCUGGGAUUCGUACACAAUUUUUCCGAGGACACGGGAGAAGAACAGGUGGUGACAGCAGAUUUUAUUAACCGGGGAGAGUAUGAGAUUGACAUCGCGGGACACCGGUUCCAGGCCAAGGCCAAGCUCUACCCGGUCACCUCACUCUUCACUCACAAGCGCCGAAAGGAGGACGUAGAGCUAAGUGACUUGCACGGGAAGUAAUGCUGGCGGCCUCACUUCCCCACCUACCCCACACCCUACCGCAGGGCUCCCCUCCACCUC